AUGCAUGCGCCUGGAAAUGGACCAGUCUUUGCGAUUUAUUAUUCUGUUCUCGCCGCUUUCGGGGUUGUCUCUAACUUUGUUACGAUUGUGAUCCUAUUGCAAGGAAAGUGCGGUCUUUCCAGGUGUGUGUCUCGCUACCUGCUGUCCAUGUCAGUGAUGGAUCUCCUGGUCAUUAUCACCGCUGUAAUAAUUAACCGGAUCAGCGGGAUUUAUUUUCCCGGUACCUUCCUGUCCAUCACGCCUGUCUGUAGUUUCACGAUUGCCUUGACAUUUGCAGCCAGAGUCAGUUCUGUCUGGUUAACGGUCACUUUCACCUUUGACCGAUUUGUAGCUAUUUCCUGUCAAAAACUGAAAACAAAGUAUUGCACCGAGAAAACAGCUACUGCGGUUAUAGGCACAGUGUGUGUGGCGGCAUGUUUAACCAAUAUCCCUUGGUAUUUUAUACACGAACCAAUCUACAUAAUCAACAACGUGCCGUGGUAUUGCACACUGAAAGAUAUCCGUUACACUUCUCCCAUGUGGGCAGCAAUAGACUGGUUCGACAGAAUUUCGACCCCGUGUCUCCCGUUCGUGUUGAUUUUCCUGCUCAAUGUACUGACCGUCAGACAUAUUCUGGCGGCCAGCAGAGCUCGUAGGAGGCUUAUGGCUCAGAGUAACGGAGAAAAGCAGAAUGACCCGGAAAUGCAAAGUCGAAGGAAAUCUAUCAUUUUUCUCUUCACAAUUUCAGGAAGUUUCACCCUCUUGUGGAUGACGUAUGUUGUACAAUUCUUAUACGUUCGCAUUACAAAUAAUUACAAUUUCAAAAGUUUCAACGACCCCAAGUUUAUUCUCCAGGAAGCAGGGAAUAUGCUUCAACUUCUGAGUUCCUGUACUAACACAUUUAUUUAUGCAGCGAUACAGAGAAAAUUCAGAGAAGAGUUCAAGAAAGCGCUCAAAUAUCCAUUUAGAAUAUUUCAUAAAAUAUGA